AUGUUAGAGCCUGAGACUGGUGAGCAUGUUCGUAUUGGAUCCUGGCAAGGAAUCUUGUGCAUCCUGCUGUCACUGGUAGCCGCAAACAUUGGCUGGAGCAUCUUGGUGGCCAUCCAAAAUUUGUACUUCCAUCCUCUCCACAGGUUCAACGGCCCGAAAUUAUGGAUCGCAUUUCCUAUUUUCAAAAGCAUCGCGCAGCUUCGCGGGCAACUCGACUUCCAGAUCCGUCAGCAUCAUCGAAAGUACGGCAACAUCGUUCGACUGGGGCCAAAUGAGCUGACCUUCAUAUCUGGUCAAGCCUGGAAGGACAUCUACGGUCACGGGCACGCGGAGCUUCCCAAAAUUUUCCCCAAGGGUACGGGACAUGGCGACAACAGUCGCCCGAGUGAUAUAAUCUCUUCAGAUGCCAGAACCCAUUUUCGAUUCCGAAGGGCAAUGCUGCCCGCAUUCUCGAACAAAGCCCUCGAACAACAAGAGCCCGUCAUCCAAGUAUAUGUCGACCUGCUCAUUGAGAAGCUUCGUCAUGUGGCGUCAGAAGGACACCAAACCAACAUGGUGCAGUGGUAUACGUUUACGACAUUUGACCUUAUUGGCGAUCUCGCAUUCGGGGAACCUUUCGAUGGUCUGAAAGCAGGGAAACAAAAUGCAUGGGUGAGCAACAUUGAGCGAAUGAUGCGACUCUUCCCAAUCCUCGUGCUUGCAAAUGCCUCACCCUUGCUGUCCCAACUCCUUCUUCUGGUAGCCGGAGAGAAAAUCAAGCAAGCCCGCAAAGCCCACCUGGACCUAGUCAAAGAUUUGGCGAUAAAACGGCUGGAGAACCAGGAUCACUGUCAUCGGGGUGAUUUCAUGGACUUUAUGCUGCGUUCGCAGGGACAGGAACAUGGACUGAGUAAUGAUGAGCUUGUGGCCAAUUCGGAUACUCUAAUCGUGGCAGGCUCCGAGACGACGGCGACUCUUCUCUGUGGCGUAACGUACUAUCUUCUUAGCACGCCAGAGGCCCUCGAGAAGUGUGCCAUGGAAGUACGCAAUGCGUUCCGAAGCAACCAAGAAAUAUCCUUCAACACAGCGAGCAGCAGGCUUCCAUACAUGCUUGCAUGUCUCGAAGAAGCUCUGCGCUUGUUUCCACCUGUCCCAACAGUGCUGUUUCGCCAUACCCUACCGGGCCAAGUCGCUAGAGUGGACGGUCACGAUAUCCCCGAGAGAACAUGCGUUGGAGUUCACCACAUGUCUGCUUAUCACUCCGACAAUAACUUCUACCGUGCCAGAGAUUUCUGUCCGGAGCGCUGGCUCCCAGCAGAGCAGGAAGACCCAAAUUCUCCGUUUUUCCACGACCGACGCGACGUCUUCAAGCCUUUCAGCACCGGCCCAAGAGACUGCAUUGGCCGCAACCUGGCUUAUCAUGAGAUGCGCCUCAUCCUGGCGAGAGUUCUUUGGAAUUUUGAUCUGAAACUUGCGCCACCAAGCCAAGGGUGGGCGGAGAAGCAGCGAACUUUUGCGCUGUGGGAAAAGCCUCCGCUAAUGGUUGAGCUACGGUGUCGGGUAAAUAUUGGGAAAGAAGCUUAG